AUGAAGAUUCGUCCAAGAGCUCGAAUUUCGAGUCUCACAAUCGUUAAAAACGUGGCCUUCACCAAGGAAGGAAUUCCCGAAUGUCUAGUAAAAACCAACUGCGGUAUGCUAGAAGGGAAACGACACGUAACUCGUGAUGGUUUUGAAAUCGACGCCUUCCUCGGGGUUCCCUAUGCCCAGCCACCUGUGGGAGAAUUAAGAUUCCAGAAACCGCUACCGCUUCAACCCUGGGAGGGUGUGAAGAAGUGCAAGCAAUUCGGAAAUCGUUCAAUCCAGGAUGACAUGUUCUGGGAUAAAUUCACCAAUUUCACACCACAAAGUGAAGAUUGUCUUUAUCUGAAUGUUUUCGCUCCCGCUAUGGAUCCUGUUAAGAGCUAUCCGGUGAUGUUUUACAUCCAUGGAGGCGGUUUCAUGAUGGAUUCAGCGGUUCGCUACAAGCCAAGCAAUGUGGCACGGUUACUUGUCAAGCACGGCGUUGUUGUGGUCACCAUCCAAUACCGGCUAGGCUAUCUCGGGUAUUUUUGCACCGGUGACGAUGUCGCCAAAGGAAAUUACGGCCUAUGGGAUCAACUUGAGGCUUUGAAAUGGACUAAGGAGAACAUCCAUCAUUUCGGAGGAGACCCUAAUCGCAUUACGGUAGCAGGUCAGAGUGCCGGUGCUGUGUCCGCCGAUCUGCUUUCGUUGUCGCCGCUUUCAAGAGACAUGUUCCAUCGAAAGAUAGUGAUGGGUGGAAACACUUUUUGCUAUUGGUCUUCCACUACGAAAGAAAAAUGCGCCGAAUAUUGCCGACAGAAAGCGUUGAAACUUGGCUGGAAGGCAAAAGACGUCUACAAGACACACGAAGAAGAAAGCAAGGACUUGUUGGAAUUCAUGCGGACUGUGCCGGCACAUAAGCUGGCAAUGCACAUGAUCGGCAAUCGAGUGUUCUUCGACGAGGGACGUCUCCCGUUAACACCAGUGAUUGACGGUGAAAUCUUGCCGAAAUCGAUCCCCGAGCUUCGCGCCGAUGCUCCGUCAAUGGAGUCGAUUUGUGGUGUUGGCGAACAGGAAUCACUAUUAUUCUGUGCACUUGGUGUUAUUAGGGGCACCGGCAAGGACAUGGAUAAAGUUGUUCACGAACUUGCAAGAAAUACUGAACUCAACGUCAGUAAGGUUGAGAAUGUGAUUGGAAAUCUCUAUGGGAAUCUGAAAGAGUUGCGGAAAAAUAGCAAAGCGAUGCAGGAGGCGUAUGUUAAGUGUACAUCCGACGUCUUCUCCAACUAUGGCUGCUAUCGAUACUUGGAAAAUAGCCAACAACACGACAAACCUACUUAUGCUUAUUAUUUUACUCAUACCAGUAGAAAUAUGUGGGGAUGGUUAGCAACAGUGGUCCCCUUUCUAGCGGGGACCCACAGCUCCGAUAUCAUUUAUCUAUUCGAUUGUAACUAUUUUACCGCUCCAUUAUCAAUGAACAAGGUUGAUCGGAAGAUUAGCGAAAUGACCAGUGCGGCAUUCAUGGAAUUUGUUAAGACCGGGAAUCCCAACAAACCCGAAGCUCCGUUCAAUUGGGAGACCGUGUCGAAAACUGGAGAAAUGCGGAUGUUGAAUUUCUGCGAGAAGCCGUCUAUGAUUGGACGAAUCUUUGACAACCGCAUGCAACGGCUUCAAGAUCUUCUUAAGGAGCUCUUGCCACGAAAGCAUUAA